CUCCCUGCCGCCAAGGCGAGAGAAAGCGAGAAGAGUGAGACUUCACUAGUUGCGCUGCUGGAAUCCGGAUAUGAUGAAAAUGUCUUGGACCUGAAGUGUCCCGAGUAAACUUGCCGCAACUGCGCGCGGAAAGAGUCAGCGGAGGAUCAUGUUUUCGACUUUUGCACGUCAAAAACCAUCUGGAAUAUCUUGGACUACGAACGUCGAACAGUUAGAGUAGGAGUAAAACUGUCGGGUGUGAAGUUGUCUUGUUUUAUUUUUCCUCCUAACCUUUUGAGGAACGAGUUGAAGGAGGGAAAGAAGGAUGGGAAUAAGUCACAUUUGAACUGAAGUGAGGGAGUUGUCAUGUUUGAAAGGACUGAGGGCUGAGGAAAAGAAGGGAGGAACUACUUCUGCUGGUGGUGGUUUAUCAUUUUUUUUCUCCCUUCGAAGAGGACGACUGUCUCAUGUCCAAGGAGACUGUCCAUCCAUCAGAAGGGCCGGCGGGUCCAGGACAGGGCCCACGGCAAGAGACAAGUCCCCUGCUGUUAGCGUCACACGAUGCUUGUGACAGUGAAUCAACAGGAAGCGCGUCUUCUCCUAGGAAACAAUCCGCUGCAGGACAAAGUCUCGUGACAGAGGAGAAGCCUAAUUAUUGCAAGCCUGUGAGGACCCAGCCGCGGUCCGAGUCUGACCUGAAGUCAGCGGCUUCUGAGGAGGCGGAGCGAGAGACUGCCAAGGACCAAAAUGGCUUUCCCCACAACAGCUCUGGCACGCCCGCAGCGAUGAACGCCAACGGAAUCCACUCCGGCGUCGGCAUCCCCGAGGGCACGAGGACGUGCACCUGCGGCGCCGGUGUCGGGGCUAGCGCGGCGGGCAGGUCUGGCCCCGGGCACGCACCAGCGACAGCCACGCCACAGACAGAGCAGCCCAGGAGGCAGCCGUCCACGCCCGUGUCUCAAAGGGUGCAGAGGAAGCUGAAGUCCAGCUUGUCGGUCAACAGUGAUAGCAGCAGACGGAGCAAAGGCAGCUCCACGGGCUCGCAGAAACCUCCUUUACCAGAGGACUGCUGCGUUCACUGCAUCCUCGCCUGUCUCUUCUGCGAGUUCCUGACGCUCUGCAACAUGGUGGUGACCCAGGCGUCCUGCGGCGCGUGCACCUCCGAGGCCUGCUGCUGUUGCUGCUGCGCUGACGACAUGGGCGACGACUGCAACUGCCCCUGCGACAUGGACUGCGGCAUCAUGGACGCCUGCUGCGAGUCGUCGGAUUGCCUGGAAAUCUGCAUGGAGUGCUGCGGCAUCUGCUUCCCCACAUAGGUUUGCCGGGGCCUCCAUGGCGUGGAAUAUAGACGUGUGCAUCCCCAUAAACAAAUCACCAAAAAGUUCGUUUACGUUGAUAAUUCAAAUGAAAACACAACAGUUGUCAGAUCCAUUACGCAACAACUGAGGGAGUUCAAGCUGCUUUUUGUUGUUGUUUAUGGUUAUAGUUUAGAGCUGACAGACAGAACAAUUCUGUUUAUUGGAAUAUCAGACUUGCAUACGACCAGCAAAUUAAAGGCAGAAAUUCCAAUUAAUAGUGUUAUGUUGACCCUGACAGAGUGCUGAGUCAGUGUGGAUAAAUAGAAGGUUCAGAGGAAGGAAAAAGUAUAGAAAAAUGUACACAGCACUAAUAAAUCUUGAGAGGAUUACAGGGGCCCACAAUGCCAGCUUUUUUAAAUUUUUUUAUUGAUGCAUCAGUGCAACAUAGCAUGGAACCAUGUUGAUGUGAAAAACCUCAGAUUACUUUAAUAGUGGCCUACCAAUUCUUCUGCAUUGUUAGCUCUGGUCUUUCUAAUCCACAUCUUGUCUAAACCCCUUAGACUCUUUUCAGGAUUUAAGCUAGAGAACUUUUCUAGAUAAUCAAACCAUUACACCAGGGUCAUUCCACCCAGUUUUGUUCCAUUCCUAUUGUGUGCAGGUGCCAAAUCCUAUUGAAAAUUAAAAUGGACGCCCACAAAAAGCUUGUCAGCAGAGAGAACAUAAAUUGACUUUGCUUCAAAAUGUCUUCAAGAGCAAGAUUAUUUAUGCUACUUGCAUCAUUUUUCCACCACGCUUUUUUCCUUCCACUCAACUUCCAAUAAAAAAUUGUUGAAUAUAGCACUGUGUGAACAACAAGGCUCAUUGGGGUUCAAAGGACAGAAAUAAAUAACUGAAAUAUAUCAUUUUGUUUGUGAUCAGCCUGUAUAUUGAGUUUAAUCUUGAAUUACAGUUAUAAAUGAACUUUUUGAUGAUAUUUUAAUGUAUUAAGAUGCACUUCUAAUGGAACUGCUACCUUUGAAUUCAGCAGAAACAUGGAGGUGUGUGUGAAGGAGUUGGACACUGGGCUCAUCACAAUAAACAGCCCAGCAAAGACUGCAAAUAAAUUCACAUUUAUGAAUGUGUCAUGCUUUGUAAGUAUGUUCAGAAAAGCAUUAUCAUAGGCAAGCAUUUUAUUGUUACAUUAACAUUGCCGUUCAGUUACAUCUUUUAUGCCUCUUUUUAGUCUUACUGGUGAUCUCAAUGCAUUUUGCAGAUUUUUAUUUCCGUUUUGUUUAUUUUCUAUGCCUAACAUAAGACUUAGAUUGCUAUUUUAGUCCAGUCAACACUGUAAACAAAAGGGUUUGUGAUGGUGAAUGCAUUCCUCAUUUCAUACUGUAGCUUUGUGGAUUUCAUUAAAACAUUAUCUACUGUAUAGCAGAUGAAACAGGUGAAAAUUUUAAGUGUUUCAGGACACUUUUCUGCUACCUUCUGACACAAAACCUAAGGGUGUGAUCUGGAAUAAUUGCAUUUGCAUUUCUAUUUUGAGCGUGGGGAGGGGAGAGUGGAAUGAGCAGCACAAAAUUGUUAAGCUUUGCAAAAAUUGUACAAAAGUGCUGGAAUAUUUUUUUUUCUCUGAAGAAUCUCAUCUCACAUCAGAUUUGCAAACAUUGGAAGACUGUUUUACUGGAAAAAAAAGCACUUUUUAAAAUAAUCAUUAAAGAGUCUGACCAACAGAAUAUUACUCUACUGAUAUAUACAUGUUCAGCCUUUGUUUUGCUAUGUUAGCCUAUAACAAACCUGUUUUGUCACUUGCAUAUGGUACAACUCUCUUUCGUGAUGUGUUUGUUUUUGCAAUGCAAUCUGCAUAAAUAUCAAAAAUUGCAGAUGACUAGAGUUGCCGCUUGAGCAGCUUUUUGGGUCUCCGGUCAUAUGAGAAUCAAGUGUCACAAUAAAAUAGUAAACUACUGCAGAGUUAAGCAGUAACUCCUCUAUUUUCUUCUGUGUAUCUCAUGAUGAGUUUACAGUGAGUCACCAGCAGAGCCGUUUCCUGUCUUGGAGAUCCGCUUUGAUGUUGUUUAAGCGAUGAUGCUUAACGCCGGCCCUCAUUAGCACUGCUUACUAAAACGGUCACAAGAAACGUCCCUUUUUAACGCCAUCAAAGAUGAUGUGCCGUCGUGCACGGCUCGUCUUAGCAGCUCAGUGUUAUGAGUACGCCGGGGGUCGGAUGUGCCCUUCGGUGGAUAAUCUGCGGGACGUGAACCUCGUUUUCGUGUUUGUGACGAGCCCAAACUCCAAAUGUGUUGCGGGCUACAGAGUGUCAAGAAAACAUGACUUAGAAAAUGUGAAGAAUUUAUGUAACAGAAGAAACCUGGUGAUAUGGUGAAUUGUUGUAGUACACCUCUGUUACUCUGAUGCCUUUUGUUUGUGCAUUUCUUCCUUGUGUGUAAUUUGUUUUUGGUUUUGCACAUCCUUUGACGACAAGGACAUGGUGGCAGAAGGCCAUGGCAAUUUAAGUUGGAAGUUGCCUAACCCAAACAUCACCAAUGUGAUUUACUGUUUUUGUAUGAGCAAUGAUGCUAAAUUUGAACAUUUCUAACACUUUUUUUUUUCUACAAACUGUCGUGACAAGAGAAAAGUAGCAGUUGGAAAUGUAGACAACUCCAAAGCAUGACAUGUCCACUUCUGUGCACCACAGGCAAUGGUAUGUUUAUUGAUGUAAAAUUAGUUUUCAUUGGCAGCAAACGUAUCACCGCCAUUUUGAGUCACUUGGCUCAUUUGUUUGGGAGAAUGGUUUUGCCAAGCUGUUCCAGUUUGCUACGGGAACUUUAUAUGUUUUUCAGGCAGAAGGGAAAAUCAGCAAUUCUUCUCUAAUAAAGGGCACGCACUUAUCUGAAAACCCAACAAUCACCACAUGCAAGAAAAAUGACAAAAUCCUUCUGUUUUUAGCCCUAACUGCAUCAGACAUUUUUGUUUAUUUUAUUCAGCAAACUGUAGUUUGGCUUGGCAACACCAUGUGCCAAUUUGGUCUUAACAUGCUUCUCAACCAGACAAGGCAUUUAAGCAAACUUCAAGUGGAUAAACUCCAAAACAAGACUGUAGGGUUCUUACAUUAAGAUAUCGCUGCGCUUCAAAUAAAUUCAUUAUUUCAGUCAGUGUCUGUAUUAUGCCAGUGUCCUGCAUUUGAAAUAAAAACUUUUUUUUUUUUUUUGCUCUUUAGACAUUCCAUUUUUAUUGAUUCCUCAUGAGAUUGCCUCCCACAAUCCUCCUGUUAUCUCUGGGACAAUCCUAACAUCAACAUGGGUACAUGCCAAACAACGUUCUCUGAGGUCGUUAGGCGGCAAAGACCUCCUGCUGGUCGGGACAGCAUCCUGACCUUUACCCAACAUUACCUCCUAUUAACCCCUCAACUAACCUUGAGGCCAGGCCCUCUGGUGGAGAAUCUGCACUUCCUAUUCUCUCUUUAUUUUUGCCUCAUCACUUUAUGCCCAGAUUCGCCCUGACCCCCGAAAAUUGCCGUCUUAUUUCCCUAAUGCGGUAGGGGAAAAAAAAUAUUUCUGUCCUUAAAGUCUGUAAUCAUGCAGGGGUUGCACUUUCUUUUCUUUUUUUUUCUUACUUUGUUCCUUCUCUAAAGUGCGACUCGCAGGCUGAAAAUUUCGAAAAACUCCAGGUAGAGUGCGCAAUGACCUUUUCACAAAGUCUUCCAGAUUUCUGCUCCUCUAAUCAAUCCCCCUCUGAUCGCCUCGCUGUGUGCCGGAUUGUAAUGUCACAAUUAGGGCCGCUCCAUUGUUUCUGUUUUCCGUCUGGGGAGAAAGCUGGCGCUUCUCUGAUCUCAAGGUCAUUUCUUUUCACAGUUUUAAAUAAAUUAUUGGCCUUC